AGGAAGAGCUGAGGUGAAGAUAAGAGGGGGUGCGCCGAUUUUUUAAUUUGUUGGCAAUUAAAGUUUGAAUAAAACUCUCAUUUCUCACUCCUUGAUUUUCUCGUGAAAAUCGUCUUUUCCUCUCUAUCCAAACUAAGUAUUCAAAAUCUUCUCAAGUUUUUGCUGCUGCUGCUGCUGCUGCUAUGUAAUGUAAUAAUUCUCUUCUCGCUCGCUCUCUGUUUCUCUCUUGCAUUUAUGGGUUUUUUGAUUGUCGAGAAACAGUAAUACAAUCCUGGUUCAGAAAUUCCAAAUUUCUACCGCUGGUUUUCUUAUUUUCUCAGCAAGCAAACACUUGUUUGUGUCGAUCAUUAAUUCUGUCUGUCUUAAGAUGCAUGCCCAUUGAAGGGAAACUUUUUGUAGAUUCUACUGCAUUGACGCCAGAACUUGAGAGAGAGAGAGAGAAUGGAGAAGGAAAAGAAGUGUGAAACAGCCACUGAGACAGAUUUUCUGUUACAAUGGGGAACCAAAAAGAGGCUUAGAUGUGUGAAUGUCAAAAAUGACCAAAACUUGGCCAACAAAUCUAAGCCGAUUGAUUCUUUGCCAAAGAAGAAAUUUACAACUCGUAUUGUCACUGCUGAGAAGGAAUCUCCUUCUCCUGCCAUCAAGAAUUGUGACUUGCCAAUGAACAGUAGGAGAUCAUCAGCAGUGUCACCAGAGAAAGAAGAUCGAUACUACACAACAAGGGGAUCAUUGGGAUUGGAUGAAAAUGGCAAGGUUUUGGUGGAUAAUUUGAAGGAAGAUAAGGGUUUUGUUUGGCCUAAGCUGUUUACUACUUUGUCUAGCAAAGAGAAGGAAGAGGAUUUCAUGGCUAUGAAAGGGUGUAAGCCUCCUCAAAGGCCUAAGAAAAGAGCCAAGCUGAUACAAAAAUCUCUACUUUUGGUCAGUCCAGGUGCAUGGUUAACAGAUUUAUGUCAGGAGAGGUAUGAAGUUAGAGAAAAGAAGACUUCUAAAAAGAGACCAAGAGGAUUGAAGGCAAUGGGAAGUAUGGAAAGCGAUUCAGAAUGAGAGAAAGGGAGAGAGGUUAUUACAAAGGAUCUCAGGGCUUAAACUGGACUGGAACUCUAUGGGCUGACGUUGGUUUCUGUCCCUUGAAUUGGAUUUGGAUUUGGACCGAUGGUUAGUGAAAGAAAUGGCUGACCAAAUUAGAUGGUUGUGAGGUUACAAUUUUUGGGUUUUGUUGCAUUCAAGUCUUUCACCUUCUAAACUUUGCACUCCAAAUAAAAAUAAAUAAAUAGUUU